AUGGCAGGAGGAGUGAGGAGGAUCAAGUUGGGUUCACAGGGCCUUGAGGUCUCGGCUCAAGGCCUGGGCUGUAUGGGCAUGUCUGCCUUCUAUGGCCCUCCCAAGCCCGACGCAGACAUGAUCAGUCUCAUCCACCAUGCCAUCGACUCCGGCGUCACCUUCCUCGACACCUCUGACAUCUACGGUCCCUUCACCAACGAAAUUCUGCUUGGCAAGGCUCUGAAGGGUGGGGUACGGGAGAAGGUUGAAUUGGCCACCAAGUUUGGUAUCAGUUUUGCUGAUAACAAGAGGGAGGUUCGAGGUGACCCUGCCUAUGUGAGAGCUGCUAUUGAGGGUAGUUUGAAGCGCCUUGGUGUUGAUUCGGUUGAUCUCUAUUAUCAGCAUCGGAUUGAUACUCGUGUCCCCAUUGAAGUCACGGUUGGGGAACUCAAGAAACUAGUUGAAGAAGGUAAGGUAAAGUACAUUGGCCUAUCCGAGGCCUCUGCUUCCACAAUAAGAAGAGCACACGCUGUUCAUCCAAUAACAGCUGUGCAGUUGGAGUGGUCGUUGUGGUCAAGAGAUGUGGAGGAAGAUAUAAUUCCUACUUGCCGGGAACUUGGCAUCGGCAUUGUUGCGUACAGUCCUCUAGGAAGAGGAUUCUUUUCAUCAGGAGCUAACUUGGUCGAAAAUCUUCCCAACGAUGAUUUCCGAAAGUAUCUACCCAGGUUCCAAGCCGAAAACCUAGAGCAUAAUAAAACAAUAUUUGAGCGGGUUAGUGAUCUUGCAGCAAGGAAGGGGUGCACCCCAUCUCAACUAGCACUGGCCUGGGUUCAUCACCAAGGAAACGAUGUGUGUCCGAUACCCGGAACCACCAAGAUUGAGAAUUUUAACCAGAACAUUGGUGCUCUCUCUGUGAAACUGACACCAGAAGAACUGGCUGAACUUGAAUCUUUUGCUUCUGCUGAUGCCGUUAAAGGUGACAGAUAUCAGAAUGACUUUAGUACUUGGAAGAAUUCUGAAACUCCUCCAGUGUCUUCAUUGGAAAGCACAUGACAUGUGCCUUUUGUCAUGUCAUAAUGCUUCUCUGUACCUCAUAAGCUUUGUGAAUUUCCUUACCGUAUGAGAAUAAGUAGUUCAUGUGAAGUGGUAUGUAAUGACCGACUUUGAGAUGUUCGACAUUUUGUACGCAGAUUUCAUCACGUUUUAUGAGUAUCCAAAAGUAUGAAAUAAUCUGGGGUCAAGCGAAGUUUUUCAUUUUA